UGAAGCCAAACAGGAAAAGAGCACAGAACUCAGUAAGGAUUAAGGAAACAAGUAGCAGGUACAGAAAUCUCUGACCAAAUGAAAGUCCAAGGCUUCAGUAUAUUCUUCAUCAAGAUGUUCCUGUUAAGUUCAGUAAUCUUGCACUGAAAUUCCCUGGUGUGUGUAUCAGAAGCAUAAUCAAGCCUAUUUCCAAGCAUCAUAAAAUUGGAGGUUUCAGAUGCAAAAAUCUCUUUCAACAACAGCUUCGGUGUACUAAAAGAGCAGACUGAUACAUUCCAAGAAGACUAUGAAGAUGACGAUGCCACCCUUCAACAGCAUUCUGAGAUCUAGGGAAACCUUCUGUUAAAGUAUUAUAAUGACUCCAGAAUAAUAAUUCAAAAAGUGGUGGAAUCCUUUCUGAUGUGCAUCCCCGCAUUCCAUACCUUCUAGGUUUACCUAGCAGGAUAAUAAAGGUAAUGCCAUAUCAACUACUGCACUCCUAUGGAGCUUAAAGGAAGUAAUUAACUAUCAUCUAUUGGUUAUCAAAAACAAAAGUGGAAAAGAGGCUGAAGAUGAAGAUGGAAAUGAUUAGCUUUAUUACAGUCUUCUGUUACGUAAUGUUAUCAUCUACCUUUGUUCAAAGCCAGAGGGAACCCAUAACUAAAAGUAAUACUGAUAGCACAGAAAAACAAGGCGUGAUUUCACAAAAAAAUUCUACAAGUGUCACUCCAGAUGGAAAGCUUCAAAAUACACUUGCAGUCACUUCUGAAGGCGGUUAUACAAAUACGUCUGCAUCUGCAAAUUCAUCUGAAAGUUCAACAGCUAUGAGCAGCAUAUUGAACCCUACUGUAGUUUCAGUGCCAAACGAAACUGGAAACAAGAACACACAUACAUCAGUAACCAUCUCUCCAGCAGGUAGCACUGCUCUUCCAUUGCUAACAAAUCUGUCAGCAGUGACAAAUACUUCAACAGCAAAGCCUUAUACAACAGCAAAUAAUAAAGAAACGUCAUCAUUUUCUCUGGAUUUGAAAACAUUAUCUAGUCCUACAAGUAAAAAUGCUCUGACAACCCUUGCUUUUAAAACUACUAAAACAGAAUUUUCCACAGCAAGGGUACCGGAGUCUACAGAUGCCUAUACACAAUAUACUGGAUCUUUAUACUCAGUUUUAACAUCUCAAACUGUUGUAGGUAGAAAAUUCAGUCUGAAUAAUUCAGAGAUCAUCUUGACCAUUGUUUUUAGCAUUGUACUUGGAGUGGCUGUAUUAGUCCUCAUUAUGUACAGUGUUAAUAAAUGCAAAAAGAGGAGAGAGCAAUAUUCUCAUCACCGUUUAGAGACCAUACCAUAUGAUGACACAGCUGACACAUACAGUGUUCCAGAUGAUACACUAGUAAUUUCCGGAGGAUUGUAUGAUGUACCAAGAGUCUAUAACCCCACAGUAUCUACACUGGAAGAUGACAAUGUGCUUGAUUAUCUACAUUUCACAUCAAGACCAGGAAACUUUAGACUGGAAUUCUUACCAGAAGAAACCGAAAAGGAACCUUCUUAUAUGCGUACCAACUUUGAAACUUUUGCUUAAUCCCCUGACUGAUAGAACAAAGAAUUAUAUUACCACUGGUUAUGUUCUACAUGUAUAUUGAGAAAUAAAGACUACUUGGACUGUU